AUGUCCAAUUUCAAGACACUAAUGAAAAUGCCUCAAUCAAAACUGGCUUCUAAAUGUUUGGCUCUCGAAGAAUUACUGUAAAGGUAUUAUGAAUUUGAAACAGCUCAUUAUGAUUUAUAAAGCAAAUAUCAGAUCUUAUUAGACAAAUAUGAGAACAUUUGCAAGAAAACUUCGUAAUCAAAUGACCUUCAUACAACAGCAAGCUAAUCAAAUAAAAAGGACAGGUCAGAGAUUGAAAUUGGAGAUAGAAUUGAGAUCUAUGCUUUGGAGGAUGUAGAAACUAAACAAUUUAUUAAAAGUCUUUAAGAUUAAAAUCUGAGAAUGCAAGAAUAGUUAUAAUAGACCCAAAUAGAAUAUGAAAAAUUAAAAUUUAAGUAAAUAUGUAAGUGACAUAAGAUUUGAUCAAACAUAUUCAUCUCCUGAGAAAGAUAAUUCUGAGGGAAUAAUUUCAACUUUUAAGUGCGAAAUCAGCCGACUUAAUAAAUUAGUAAUUGAAAUUUUCAUAUUAAAGGUUUCAUAGUUAAGAUUAGAGAUUAGUAAUUCGAAGACAAGAGAAGUGGAUGAAAAUUGGUUAAGGUAGCAACUCAACAAAUAAGAAUUAUAAAAGCAAGGAAAAAUAUUAAGUCAUUAGUAUGAAUCAAAUGAAUUAACAGAUUUAUGA